AUGAGUUUGAGCGACCGAAAGCGUAAAGAGAGGGGGGAGCAUCCUAGCCCUUUCCCAUCAACCAGAAAAUCGUCAGCUGAAGCGACGGCUGUUAAUAAUUUAAAUCCAACGACGUCGUUAGGAGGUUCGGAAUCAUCAGCUUUGCAUAAUAAUCGGCUUCUAGCUGGUUACAUGGCUUACGAGUUUCUAACGGAAGGGACUCUGUUGGGUCAGAAGUUUGACCCGGCUAGAGCCCAGGCCGCGCCUGUUCAGUCAGCUGGCUCUCACUCGAGGAAGGUGGAGAGGAGCUGGAGAAAUAAACCUGAAGCCGAGCCGAAUAAGCUGCGUAGCCAGAGUUACGCUGAGGUGGCGAGCUUGUUGAAGAGUGAUGGGAACCACAUUCCUGGUGUAGUCAAUCCUACGGAGCUGGCUCGAUGGUUUCAACUCUGA